AUGGACUUAAACAAUAUCAGGCGCGCAUCCUCUGCAGGGUACCGCUUACCGGAACGAUCCAAUGGGACCAGGCCGGUAACAACCCAGCCGCCCGCGGACAGGACGCGCCGCGUUAAAGGAGACGCGGUGUCCUUGGAGCAGAAUCCAGAUCCUGUUAAAGAGGACCAAGUAUGGAGAGAGGUGGUAUGGAGUGAGAGGAGAGGAGUCCGGGAAUGGGAGAAGAACUGGAGCUUCCUCAGGAACUAUGAUCAGAUGGGACAGCUGAAGUCAGAGGAGCCCUUACCCAGCUAUGUGUCGCUCUUCUCUGAUCGUGUCCCCAACACCACCAACCAGAUGUUUGGCAGCAGACUGUCCACUCCACUGGGGAGGGAACUGGUCAGACUGGAAAAGCUGUUACUUUGGUCUGGAACCCAUCACAAGUGCAAGCGGGAUCCAGAGAUGCUGCCCUGGUAG